AUGCCCAGUUUCCAAGAUGACCUCGGCCAUGGGCAAGAAAUUUUGCCUUUCCAAAAAUCAAAAAUACCGCCUGCCUCUGUGAUGCCACCGGAAAGAAGAACGAUCACAAGAAAAGAUAGUGAAGAGAGUAUUAGAACGGAAUUAUGUGAAGGACCUGUGCCAGAUACUCCGGAGGGUACACAGCAUAUACCGACAUUGGGGUUGGAUACAAGCUUUAAUAUCUCAUACAAUGGAACAUCAGAUAGAGGAGAGCUUAUUGAAAGGUUGAAAAGAGGUGAAAGUACAAAUUGGUUAUCGAAUUUGAAUUUAGAAUCCACACUUCGCGGUCAUGGCUCAGAAAGUCCUCUUCAUAAAGCUUCUUCGAAUCAUUCAAAUUCAUCUCCUCUAUUGCCAUCUGCCGAAAUAUCCAAUAUUGGAAGGCCUUCAUCAGUAGAUAAACAGAGAUCUCAAGCCGGCUUAGAUAUUGAACGACCAAGAUCUGCAUUACACAGUGGGAACUUUACAGAAGGGCCGCAACAAAAUACAUCUGGUGGCUUAGGACAGGACGUGAAGAGUUUUGGCACUGGAGAUUUACCCUGGCUCGCUACGUCUCCUCCACGAAACUAUACUCCUUUUCAACUCGAUCCUCGGUUUCCGUCAGUGGAUAGACUCGAACCAGAUUUGGGAGCAAGAACCCGUGCCCCAUCGUUAUCUUCUUCAUACUCCUCGAGCUUUGUACUCAAGGCACCAACAAGUCCUUUGGUACAAUCAGAAAGUAAUGAUGAGCUAGACUUUGAUUCACAUUUAAAUCCAAUGGAUAUUGCUCCAUGGACACCCAGAUCUAGCCCAAGGCGUCAUACUUUACAAGCUUCACAUUUAAUGAAUUCAACUCCAUUUAUACCCACGUCCGCUACUUUGAGCAGACCUUUACCGAGUAUCAGGAGAGACAAUUUAUCUCCUUACCAAGCCCAUCAACCUCGGAGAUCACUCGCCUCUAACACAAUGCCACAUUCGACAUCUUCUCCCCAAACCCCGAUUUCCUCGCGUUCAAGGAGACCAUCAUUCUCUGAUGUAUCACCUUUGCAUGCUUCAAUGGUGGGAUCGUAUGAAGAGAGUAUUCUCCGGGGACGAAUGUCUACCACACCCUCCAAACCACUCGACUUUAUUGCCCAAAUUGGAGUGUUAGGUUUCGGGAAGUGCAAAUCGAGUCUAAAAUGUCCACCCCAUGUGACCUUGCCUUUUCCGGCGGUAUUCUAUGACUAUGAGUCCACAAACCAUGGUCGAAGAGGGAAAUCUGAAGACGGACCAAGUCCAUAUGUUGGAUGUAUUGAUCUUGAAGCUGGUUUGCCAAGUCCCGAAAGGGUAAAGGAAAGUCAAAAAAAGAGGAGAAAUGCUACGCUUGACCAAAUACACAUGAAUGAUCUCGAAACCGACCCCUCAAAUUCAGGACAAGUCUCAGAACGAGAAAUUCGUCGAGCAGAGAAACAAAAAAGACGAUCCACUUCCCCACGAGCACCUCCAGGGGGUAGCUAUCGCAUUCCUGAGAGAGGUCAACUACAGAUCAUAAUCAAGAAUCCUAACAAAACAGCCGUCAAAUUGUUCCUCGUCCCAUAUGAUCUCACAGGUAUGGAACCAGGUACAAAGACUUUCAUCCGUCAGCGAAGCUACUCCACUGGGCCUAUAAUUGACUCAGCGCUUUCCUCUUCAUCUCAUUUAUCUACACUGAUUGUUGAUCCUUCCGUCGACAGGCCUACUCUCCGCUAUCUUGCCCAUAUCCAUAUUUGCUCUCCAGCUCGAGGCCGCUACUACCUUUACAAAGGUAUUCGUGUUGUCUUUGCCAAUCGCGUACCAGAUGGUAAAGAGAAACUUCGAAAUGAAAUUACACUCCCAGAGCCGAGAUUCUCUAGUUAUAAAGCAGUGCGCGAUUCGGGUUUCGGAAUUGCGGGUGCGGCUCUCGCGGCAGAAAAGGCAAUUAGGAGGAGAAGUUCGGGGUUUCCAUUGAGUGAACAUAAGAAUUUUGAUCUUAGGGGUGAUUAUGGUAAAUUGGGUGGUGGAGUGUUAGAUCCUAUUCCUUUUCAAUUUCCUGCGGAAAGGGAUGCAAUGGAUUUAGAGAGGAAUCUUAAGUCGCUGGAUUCUGUGGCGGGGCAACCGACAACCUCUCCGGAGAAUUUGAGACCGGGUACGGCGUUUGGGGAGGUGGAGAUGGGUGGCAUGAGAAAGGGAAUGGGAAGGGAGUUAAUUUAUAGAUGGAGUAAAGAGAAUGUGGGCAAUGCGUUUAUACCACCGAGAGUAACCAGUCCUGGUAAAGAGGGAAGACAAUCUCCAGCGGAAGGGUUGUUAGCGACAAAGUUGAGGGAGUUGGGUGUAGGAUUAGCGAAAGGGAUGGGUGGGGAAGGAGAAGAUGGCGGACUUGGAAGCGAGAGUGUGAGCGAGGGGAUGAUUUAA